CAUACGCGCGUUCGUGGCCAAAGCAAAUGCAAGCGAAAUUAAUUUUGUUUAAAAAAUGCAAAAAAUUAAAUUAAGUAACAGCAAUAAUCGCUGGUAUAAUUGUUGCUAGUGAAGUUGUGAUUUUCCAAAAAAAAUAUGUUCGGCAUUAACGUUGAGUUUGUGUAGUGACAGCCUAAAAGCAUGCAGCAAGCUUGCAAAAUACUUGUGGCCCAAGCAGAACUCAAAAUCUGGAGCUUGCUUAACGCCUGCAUUUGUGUGUAAGUAGGACUUAAAAAAGUUGCUUACACCAGCUUUGGUGCUGCUGCUGAUUUGGGGCGUUAAAUGCUGUUGCCUACAUGUAGGCGCAAUAAGAUAAAUGACAUCUAGGCAUGAUUUCGCCAAGCCAGUGUUGCCUCAGCAUGGCUGCACAGCUGAAGUAAAUGAAUGAGAUUACAGUCAUCACCAGUGUUGGCAGGUGAAAUAGCGAGGGAAACACAGGAAACAAAACAAAAAAGUAAGGAACAGCGAAAGCCAAAAUUUUAUGCGAGCAAAGUAAAAAGUAGAGCAGGUUGCUCACGACAUUGAUAUAAAUUGAGAGCCAUUUAUGCUUGAAGUGAAAUAUUAUCUGAAAUAAGUAAGUGUUAUAAAUGGUGUGGCAUAUUUUUAGGCGCCCAACAGCAUAACUGACAGGCAAAGCCGUGAGCAGAACAAAAGUAGACAAUAAAAAUUUGAAGUUGAGCAGUUUUGCCAAACUAAUGGUGUAUAUUAUUUGCUAAUUGAAUGCAUAAGUAGUGCGUGGAUAGUGGUUUUAAUUGAUAUUGACGACAGUAGUGCCUGCAUACAUCAAGUGUUGGCGCUGAAAAGUAUGCAAUAACAAAUGUUAGUAUGAAAGCGAGUUGUGAAAAGUGUCGCAAAUACUGAAUGUGUGGAAAUAUUAAAGGAAAUAAAUUGAAUAAUUUGCAUUUUAAGGCGGCGAUGCGUUAAGGAGCGCAAGCACGAAGCAAGUGUAAAAACAGAAAGAGAAAAUAAUUGCUCUAAUAAGUGUUCAUGAAGAAAAUUUAUGCUGUGUCAUGUUGAUGGAUGACCAUACAGAUCGUGAAGGUGUUGUUGCAUGUGCCAUUGGACCAAACGUUAUUACCAUAUAAUGCGCUACAACAAUAAGAGUGGUUUUGAAAGUGCCAAGGGGUUUUAAGAAUAGAAAACAACGCAACUGAGUGAACGUAAAAAAUUUGUUUUAUAAAAAAUCAGCUGUUAAAGUUACUUUUUUAACAGAGUUAUAAAUGUAAGCCAAGAAAGCGCAGAAAGAAACCGCGAGUACUAAAACUAAAUUCAAUUUGACCCAUUUACAGAUUGUCGCGUAAACACUGUAACGCGCUGAAAGGCGGUUAAACCGCCAUUAAAAGAACAAUUCCCUGUUUGUGAGCAAGAAGUGCAAAAAAUACACAGAAAAGAAGCGGCAGUCACGGGGAAAAGCUGCAAAAAAUUGUGAAAGAGCGAAAUCUCGUCAACAGUAGCAAAAGCAAAAAUUACACCUACACCAGGCACUCAAUGGCAGCAGCAAAAGGGGCGAGCGCUUGAAGUCGAGUUAAGUGUUUACUGCGCGCCCGGAGGUAGGCAACGAAUCGCGUGGCGUGGCAGCUGAGAAACGGCGAGUGAGUGGUUUGGGGAGCGCUACCAACCAGCCAAACAGUCUACAAUUCAAGCUUACGUCUGCCCGCCUGGCUGUCUGCUUGACUGCCCACCGCGUCUCCACUUGGUCGCUAGCCAGCUAGCAUUUCGCUCGACCCAACAAAGCGCACAAAGCGAACAAAACGAAUGAAGUGAGCAGAGAAAACAUUUAGGAAAAGCGAGAAAGUGAGAAAAAGGAAAAGCAUUUUGGGUUAUUAGUCCCGUGAGUGUUUUUUAAAAAGACCAUUUUUCUGGUAUUUCACUGGCACUAAUUUGAUGAAAUCUUUAGUUGGCAUUUUUGAAGCAACCCCCGCGGCCUGUGUAAGCCACUGUGACUGCUGCGGCUGUCAGAUUUGAUGUUGGCAUUUUUUUUUUGUUUUUGUAAAAUCGGAAAUUGUAGCCAUCGCGCCGAGUCAUCAUAUUAGCGGUGGCACGGUUGUUGGGGGAAAACGAAAACAUUGUUAUGAUUGUCGAAAAUGUGCACAAAUAUUAGAGCGAAAUUGAAAAAUCAGCACACUGAAGGUGGGGUGGUGCCUGGCCCUAGGGGGUACGCGUAAGCGAAGCGCUGAUAAACGCUUGAAAUACUUGCUCGCGACGCUAAAGACUAUUUGGGGACGUGUGCCGAGGCUGGCAUAAGCGACGUGCGCUUGUUGUUGUGCGCGCGCGUGUUUUUCAAUUUGCUCAAAAACUCCCUGCCAAUCGUCUAACGGCAACGAAUAAUCAACGGAAACAACGCGGCAACGCUUGGUCGCCUGCUCGUGCGGCGCCUAUUAAUUCAUUGCAAUUAAGCAGGAUCCUUGAUAGUGGCAGUGUCUCAGCGGAAGCGGCCACGGGUGACAAGGUGAAACUGCAAUUAGCAUCAAAUCAAACCUUUCACACACACACAUACACACGCGCUCGCGAAUUGCGCCGCGCGCCACAAUGAGUUCUUCGGGUGCGCUGCGCGUGGGUGGCGCGUUCAGCUCCGGUCUGCAGCUAUUGCUCCUCCUGGCAGCUAUACAAGAGUCGCUGAGCUCCUACUCGACCACAACUUCAACGACGACGGUGUCGCCAGCGAACCUGCUGCCCUACUUCGACUUCGAUGUGCCGCGCAACUUGACGGUGACGGUCGGUCAGACGGGUUUCCUGCAUUGUCGCGUCGAGCGUUUGGGUGAUAAGGAUGUCUCCUGGAUAAGAAAGCGUGACUUACACAUCCUAACAGCUGGCUCAACGACCUACACGUCAGAUCAGCGAUUUCAGGUGAUACGACCUGAGAAUUCGGGCAACUGGACACUACAAAUCAAAUAUCCGCAGCAGCGUGACUCUGGCAUCUACGAAUGCCAGAUCAACACAGAGCCGAAAAUGUCGCUCUCAUACACGUUCAAUGUGAUCGAGCUCAAAGCCAACAUAAUCGGGCCAACGGAUUUGUAUGUGAAAAGCGGCAGCGACAUAAAUCUAACGUGCCGCAUCAUGCAGGGGCCGCACGAGUUGGGCAACAUAUUCUGGUACAAAGGCACAGAAAUCAUCGAUAUGUCAGCGAAUCUAAAUGAGAUCGACAGCGUGACGCGGAUUAGUGUCGACAACGAUUGGACAGAUGGAUUGACAUCAAGAUUGAAAAUACGCCGUGCCAUGCCCUCUGAUACUGGCAACUAUACGUGCGUGCCAACGAUAGCGAAGUCAUCCUCGGUUUAUGUGCACGUCAUAAUAGGUGAGCACCCCGCCGCAAUGCAACACAACUCGAGCAGCAUGUACAGCGGCAAUUUCUACUGUAGCAUUUGUUGCAUGCUCUUCACCAUUUUCACUUGCUGUUUGCAACACUUCCUCGCAACAACAACAGCGGCUGCAACACUACUCACGGUGGCAACCAGAGGCAACAGCAAAUGCAGCAGAAGUAAUAACAUCAACAAUAACGACGGCGGCGGCGGCGGAAGUGAGUGUAAAACUUCAACGUCAGUAGCACGGAGCACAGCUCGAGCUAACGACGUCGGCAGGUGCGUGAGUAUAGGGAGCUGCCAGAGGCGCCACUACCAAAGACACAGCCGUAGCCGCAGCUGCAGCCGCAGCCCGAGCCGCAUUAGCACUAGUGGCGCAACCGCAAGAAGUUCGCAUGCAACACGCGAACUCAGCGAAAUUACGAGAUGAAGAUGAAGCUGAGACCGAGCACAAACAAUUAUACUGCUAUUCGCACAUACACACACAAACACAUCUAUACAAUGCAUAUACACCAACACAUGUACAGCCUGCGCGCUAAAUGAAGUAGUUGACGCAACAGUUGUGCCACACUGAAGGGCCGCACAGGCGUUGAGUCGCCGCAAAUGGAAUUGGGCGCAGGGCUGGAGCAGCAAAAGGCGCUUUGCGGGGCGCGGGAGCAUGCAGAAGGGCGUAAACACAUUAAAGUUAAAACACUCACGCACUCAAGCGCCGCAACCAGCUCGGUUGCCGCAAGAGACCAGGCGCAGCUGGUGAUUAAAUGGCGAGCGCUGCGCUUGUGUGUGUGUGGGUAUGCGCGCCGCCCGCCACCCGACAACACAUUAAGCAAACACCAGCAAUUUUAGCGAAUAAGCGCGAGUCUCUAGUCGCGCUCUUUGCGACCUGCAUUCGAAUUACUUGUGGCGCUUCCGCCCUCUGGCUUGCGCCCAGCUAGAGUGCUAGGCGCGUUAGUGCCGCGUCAGCAUAUACGACCAGUUUACUGCCGACUUGAGCGUAACUUCGCGCCUUGCCCAGCCGCGCCACGUUACCACAUUGCCACAUUUUUCUCAUUGAACGCACACGCUCGCUGUACGGCCAUUUGGGUUAGAAAUUUUUACGAAAUUACUUUUACUUUCCUACGCGCACACACACACUCACUCACACUAAUGGAAGACGUACUACUGAUAAACUGAUAACUUAAGCUGUGGAUGAACAUAAGACACAAACACACGCACGCAACCUUAGAAAUACAUACAUAUAUUGAGAUAUUUCCAGAAAUUAAAUAACUGUAGUGAAAUUUAAGACAAACACUUGUAGUGAAAAUAAUAAUUAUAGUAAAACAAGAAGAGAGGAAAAACAAAAAUCAUAGCGAAUAAGCCAUCAACUCCAACUGAGGACUCUAUCACACACACACACACAUAUAUAUAUGUAUAAAUAGUAUAACUUAAUACCGUAAGUCUGCAGGUGAGUAGUGAGUAGGCGCCAACCUCUUGAAGGUCUGCAAUUGAAUUGCUCUCUCUGAGGCUGGCACAUUAAUAAGGUAACCUUAUAAUGUAAGACUUAAUAGCCAUAGUUGAAAUUGUUACUGUAUGCGUAAUCACUUUUCGUAUGUGUGUGGGACUUGUGUAUGCAUGUAAAUAUUGACCCUGCGCAGCAAUAUACACUGAUUCAAAUAGAGCUUAACUAGUGCUAGUUUUUCACUUAAUCUCAUAUAUUUACGGUUAUACACAUAAGCUACAAUUUCAAAAUCUUUCAAUUUGAUUUUAUCUAAUGAAAGUGUUAAAAAUGGAGUUCCUAUCGUUAUUCAUACUGCCUGCUUGGAGUGUUCACGAAUAUUCUUCCACAGUUUCCUCAAUGUAACAGCAAUCAAAGUGAUUUGUUUUCUCUGAAUAUCAUGACUUCAGCAACUUGUAGUAAAAAAUCUGGAAUGCAUGUUUCGACAAUUUUUUGGUAAGAAGAAUUACAAUUUUAAGGGAUCGAUCGUCUCAGUGUGACCCAUCUAAAAAUCACUGGUUUUCGAGAUUUUUUUGAUGAUGAAAUUGACUAAUCUGUUCGAUUUUUUUAUAAAUAAAUACAUUCAUAGAGAAUACAAAAUU